AUGGCCGGCGGAGGAGGCAAAUACCGACACUUGAGCCGCGACUCCGCGCAUCGACAAGCCCUGCUCCGAAACCUGGUGACCUCCCUCUUCCAGCAUGAGACCAUCACAACGACGUGGCCUAAGGCCAAAGAGGCCCAGCGUUUGGCUGAAAAGUUGAUUACUUUGGGCAAGAAGAAUACCGAAGCGAGUCGGCGACGUGCAUUGGAGAUUUUCUAUACACCACACGAAAUGAUUCCCAAACUGUUCGGUCCCCUCCGCGAACGCUACGCAGACCGACCCGGCGGUUACACACGAGUUCUUCGCGUAGAACCCCGCGAAAAGAACGAGUACUUUUCCGUCAAGAAGGGCGACAAAAAUGCCGUUCCCGAGCGCAAACCUCAGGUCAAGGCUCCCACCGCCAUCCUCGAGCUAGUCGAUGGCCCGAAGGACAUGCGUUUUGCCAUGACUGCACGUACAGUGGCACGUGAGCGCGAGCAGGGCCGGGAUUUGGUGCACUCGCUCACGCGAUUGAAUGUGAAGAAAGUUACACAGUUCCGAAAGGAUGGUGUUGAGGUUUUGGAGCGGGCAAUCGCUAAGCUCAGUCUUGCCAAGAAGGAGAGUGACAAGCUCGCCAAGAAGGAGUCGAGUGAUUAA